AACUUUCAGCAACACCCCCUUUUUGGAAUGAUGGGAUUUUUCGAAGCGGGAAAGAACAUAGAACAUCUAUGGCACAACAAAAUAUUAUGGCAACAAAGUAAUCUUAGCGGAACCAAAACAAUUUAAAGAUACUACUGAACUUUCGUGAAAAUCGGUUGUAACAAAUGUCAAUUUAGGGAAAUAUAUUGUUUGACAAGACCACAGGCUCUCACAAGGAGAAUACACGGAUAUUCUAUUCUCCUCUCAAAUUAUAUUGAAUAAGAUGAAAUCUAGACGCACCCAAAAGUCUACAAAACCCAGUUUACAAGACCCCAAACUCGCUGAUAAGGGGCACAAGUCAGCCUCGAAGAGCCAUGUCAAACCACCAUGUGAAUCUUAUCCUGCCCAAAAAAAGCCUUUCACUGGGAAACUAUUCUACUUAGAUUUGCCAUCAAACAGAAGAGCAGAGACAUUAGAGAACGAUAUCAAAAGGUUUGGAGGGAUGGUGGAGAAGUUUUUCAGCAAGGAGAUCAAGUACCUGGUGUCUAAUAAGAGAGAGGCCAGGUAUGUGCAGUGUCAUGGCCGCGACUCACUUGUCCCAAGCCCUGACUCUGGGCACAGCUCCCCCCACCCUCGCCCCCAUCCCGGCAGCCACAGAGACAGCCUCAAAGGAAGCUCCCAUGGCCAGGCAAACAUGGUGGUCAUAAGCAGGGGCAAGUCUUUUGUGAAGAGAGUUGUAAAAGAGCAGGUGAGAAUACAGGUCAACGAGAUCCUGUCCAAUGCUCUGGAGUGGGGAGUGAAAAUCCUGUACAUUGACGAUGUAAUAGCUUAUAUUGAAAAGAAGAAAAGGAAUGUUAAGUAUACUGCUGAAAAGCCAACCGCAACCACAGCUGCUGUCAAGAAAAGUGCCAAAGGAGAACCUAUAGGAAAACCAGCCUUCCAGAAGUAUAAGGGUGGAAGGAUCCGUAAACCCUUUGUAAAGGUAGUGGACUCCAGCAGACAUUACCGUCCAAUUUAUCUGGCCAUGCCGAACAUGCCAGAGUUUAACCUAACGACAGCUCCCCCCUGCAGUCCAUUCUAUGUAGAGGACCAGGAACACUCUGGGAAGAGACCUAAAGUGCACGGGUGUCUCAGGAACCGAGGGGCGAGAGUGUCAGCCAGUGAGGAGAGGGGGCAGGACCGGGCCAGGAGGAACAGGGAGAAGAAACGUGGAGGCUACUGCGAGUGCUGCACGCUCAAAUACAACAACAUCAAAGCUCACCUGCGGAGUGAGCAGCACAAGGCCUUCUCCAGAAGUGAUGAGUACCUGGUGGUGGACAGGCUCAUCACCACACUGCCCUUCAACUUCAGUCACGUCAAAACAACACAAACUCCAACCACAAGGUCAAAGUACAGCAUAACCUCCCUGAUAUGUGUUCCUGGACCCAGCAUACAGAUGGAGGGAGGUGUGGAAACCAAAGAGCUGAAGGGGGGAUUAAUGUCCCUCUGGUCUACUACAGUGGAGCCCCCUCUCUCCCAGAGUGUGGAAAACCCCUUGGAACAGCCUCGGAAGCGCAGCCGAGGGGCCCCUGUUCCCCACAGCACCAGCGAGGGGGAGAAGAGGUGCUCUUACGUCCCAGACAGACCCCAUCCCAAGCACAGAUCCCUGUCCUGCAAACAACGCUGCCGACAGAGAUACCCGCGCAAGCAUCCCCAGAGGGCUGGGCUGAGUCAGACACCUGUGUCUAAUGCAGAAAUAGACCCUUCUACCCAUGACUCUGUCGCCAACCCCAGACUUUCCCAUCAGGGCCAGAGAACUCACACAGGCAAAGAUGGCCGCUCUUCAUUUAGUCACACAGAGGAUUUACAAUGUGGCGAUCCAGCUAGACGUGUGAAGGUCCCUUCCAGUCAGCACAAGGUGGCAGGGCCUUCAGAACACCACAAGCUCAGAGCUUUAGAGGAGAGGGAACUGAGUCAUGAUACGUUGGCUGGAGAUACUCUUCCCGGGAAUACUGGGGGUGUUCCGGAGCUCGAGGCAGGUGACACGGAGACACACACCCCUCCUCCUGCCAGGACGUUACAGAGGAGGGUCAGGGAUUACAGAAGGAAGAGAAGGAAAGUUGAGAAGCAGUGGACUGCUCAGGAGCAGGAAAAACCGAGCAAUGUUCCCAGCAGCUCUCUGCUGAACCUCUGGCAACUGUUCCACUCCAGUGAGGACAUGGAGUGUGAGUUCAGAGGCUUUCCCAGCUGUUCCACUCCAGUGAGGACAUGGAGUGUGAGUUCAGAGGCUUUCCCAGCUGUUCCACUCCAGUGAGGACAUGGAGUGUGAGUUCAGAGGCUUUCCCAGCUGUUUGACUCCAGUGAGGACAUAGACUGGGAGUUCCAGGCCUUCCCCAGCUAGGGGGGGGGGGGGUUAGGGUGACCCAGAAUCUUCCCAAUAUGAGCGCUAACCUGUUACGGACUCACCAUAUGAACUUAUUGUAUGACAGUUUCAUUGAGUGACAUAGCAGAUCUAUUUGGGAACCCAUUGACUGUGACUCUUUAAACCUAUGACUUCUAUAAAGGGAAUAGUUCCCUUCAGGUUGGGUGGGUGCUGGCGCAACACUGUUGUGUUGAUUUAACCAUGGCAGCUUUUAGUCUACCUGGCUUUUUUACCAUGACUGGUUUUAUCUGGAGAACAGGCUGGAGCACUAUCCUCGGUUCUGUACAACGCCUGCAUGUGUUCUGGUGUCCAGAGGAACUGCAUGGUUGUGUUUUUAGUAUGUGGUAUUGUACAUUUUUAAAACAUUUAAAAAAUAAAAAGGGAUACAACCGAA